AUGCGAAUCACCAUUGUUCCAGCAAGCAACAAAACCAGCACAGCAGCAAUACGCUGGCUGCUACCUCAAAACCCUUUUUUCGAAGUACACGGUGUCUAUCGCGAUCUUAAAAAAGUCCCCGAUGAAUUCAAUUCUGUCGAAAAUUUCACGGCCGUUCAGGGUGAUGUUGCCGACGCGUCUACCCUAAACUUCAACGAGUCCGACGCGGUCAUCAUGGUUCUCCCGCCCGCCUACGACGGACGCGACAUCGUCGAGCACUCGCGUCUAAUCUCAAACAACGUAAAAGAUGCCAUUGAGAAAUCUGGAACCGUGAGACGACUUGUUUUACUGUCGAGUCUGGGUGCCGAAUUCGCUGAAGGCGUGGGUGAGCUCAAAACAAAUCACAUUUCUGAAGAAGUCCUCAAGACGACGAACAUCCUAGAGAUCAUCUUUAUUAGAGCGGCAUAUUUUAUGGAGAAUUGGGCCACGUCGCUCGAGACACUGAAAGCACCAGUGCCAUUCUUUUACUCAACCAUCACACCUUUGGACUUUAAAGUUGCUAUGGUUGCAGUCAAAGAUAUUGGUAAAACCUUAGCUGAGGAAGCCAUUCGCGAUUGGAAAAUACCGACAAAGCCGUAUGUCUGCGAACUACAUGGACCACAGCCAUAUACACCAUUGGAUGUACAGAAGACAUUCUCACAGGUUCUGAAGAAGGAUGUUCAAGUCAAGGCAAUUGGGAAAGAUGAACUAAAAGGCUUCUUCGGCCAGAUAUUUGCACCGCAGAUUGUUGAUGAGUGGGUUGAGAUGAGCAGAAGCUUCUUGCCUGGGGGUAUUGCAGAAAAGGAUCUUUCUAAACCGAGUGAUGUUGAUGUUAUUCGUGGGAUAACUACAUUGAAGGAGGUCGAAGAACCCUCCGAUGAUUCACCCGAAGCGAAAGCAGAGUUCUGGGCUAAAAGGACGCACGAUGAGAUCAGAGAGCUGGUGAAACUGAGCGAGGACGGUGUUGCCUUUACUACAGCAGGUGAAAGCACUUUUGUGGAAGCGAGGAGUUAUUUCAAAAAGUUUUGGCACCAGGAGUUACAUGCCAUGUUUGGGUACAUGCCGUGUCGUGCCGAUUAUACUGUAGGGUUUGGAGAUAUGGAUUGGACACCAAUGCGACACCCUUCUAAAAACGUCUUUGUCAGACACAGAAUCGCUGAGAAACCGACAAUGGAAACGCGAGGCGUCAAACUCGUUGCUUCUAUCCUAGCCGGUCACAGCUAUCUUCCAAUUGCCAAAGUGGAAGAGACGGUCUACUUUAUGGAUCGUCAAUCGAAUUAUUCGAAUUUCAUCACUCAUGACGAAUACAGGCCUUACUUUGAUGCACUGCUGUGGUGCUGGGAGAGGCAGCAGAAACUCCCCGAGGAAGCAAGGGCCAGAAUCUACGGCAGCAUCGAUGCAAGACUGGGUUCGAUCGAUCUCAAUUUUGAGUCGCCCGAUUCCAAUUCUCAGCUGCCCAAUUCCAACAAGACGUCCAAGGAACCGAUGACAGUUGAGGAACUGAAGGAAGCCAUUGAGCGUCAGACCUCUGUGAGUCACCCUCGGACGAAUUUGACGGGCAUGAGAGAUCAGAUGCGUCAGCAGGAGCCUAGCAACCAAGAGCUCGACGAUGCCUUUGAGGCGGGUUUGAGGGCUGAGGGGGCGCAGUGGGAGUAUGUGGAAGAGAAUGGAGAAGGUGUCACUGAGGGUGAAGAGCAAGGCAUGGAAGAAGCCAUUGACGAGGAUAUGGAGGAGGAUAUGGAGGAUGACAAAGAUGAGGCCCAAGAGGAUGAGGAGGUGAGUUUCAAGAAGCUGACUGCCCCACGAGGAAAAUGA